UCUUCUUCAUUAGUCCAUCCCUCACUGACUCACAAAAACACCAAAUUCCGAAACACUCAUGACUUCACUGACCGGUUUUCCGCUACUGCUGCAACAAUUCAAGGCUCUGUUCAACAAGAACCUCCUCCUCGCAUGGCGCAACAAGACCGCCACCUUUCUCCAGCUCCUCUCUCCCUUAUUCUUCAUCUUCCUCAUCUUCUGCUUCCAGAAGGCCUACGACGCUCAGACUCAGUCUUCCACUGCGUACCGGAGCGUCACCGAUCCUCAGCCGCUGGUUUCGCUUCCGAUCCCGCCCUGCGAGGAAAAGUUCUCUAUCAAAACGCCGUGCUAUGAUUUCGUGUGGAGCGGAGAUCAGAGCCCUAGGAUUCAGAGCGUUGUCGAUGCCAUCAUGGCUAAUAAUCCCGGAAGGCCAAUCCCGGCGACAAAGGUUAAAUCGUUUAGAACCCCGGCUGAAGUAGAUGAAUGGCUGUAUAAGAAUCCUUUGUAUUGCGCAGGAGCUUUGCAUUUUGUGGAAAGAAAUGCCACUGUGAUUAGCUAUGGCCUGCAGACUAAUUCUACUUCUGUUGAAAAACAAGGGAAAACUGAGGAUCCCACAUUCAAAUUUCAAAUUCCACUUCAGAUUGCUGCGGAGCGUGAGAUUGCUAGAUUCAAAAUUUAGCUGGGUUGUUGCAUUCAAGGAAUUUGCACACCCUGCAAUGGAGAGGCCUUCUGCAAUGGAUAACAUAGGACCAAGGUUUUUUUUCGCAGCUGCCAUGUUUGGUUUUGUCUUUCAAAUGACUUCUUUGAUCACAGAGAAAGAACUUAAGCUGCGACAGGCAAUGACAAUGAUGGGCCUUUAUGAUAGUGCAUACUGGUUCUCAUGGCUUGCAUGGGAGGGAAUUAUUACACUACUCUCAGCUCUUUUCACAGUACUCUUUGGAAUGAUUAUUAGAUCAUGUAGUUUCUU